AAAGAUGGCGCUUCUUCCUUCCUAGGGUUAUUAAAAAAACUGUUCGACUCUCUCGUUCUCACUCUCACUCUCACCGAAACUCUUCUACUUUCUGUUCACUUUCUGUCCGAUUCAACCAGAUUUUGCCUCACUUUCACUUUGUCCAAACGCCUCAAUCUUUUUCCUUAAAUGGCGAUAAAUCUGACGGAAGGUGCGAUAAUGAUGAUGUGCCGCGGGGAGCUGAAGGCGGAAGAGGUGAAGCCGGUGCUCCAGGUGAUCGACGUGAAGCAGGUGAGCACUCAGGCACAGCAGCACAGCAAUACCGAGAGGUAUAGGGUCUUACUCUCCGAUGGGUCUCACCAUCAGCAAGGGAUGCUGGCCACGCAGAUGAAUGCUCUCGUCAAGGAAGGGAAGUUGCAGAAGGGCUCUGUCGUCCAGUUGACUCAGUUCGUCUGUAACGUCGUCCAAAACCGCAUGAUUAUAAUCAUUGUUGAUUUGGAUAUGAUACUGGAAAAAAUGGAUCUAAUUGGAGAACCUGUAUCAGCUCCAAGAAAUGUUGCUGUACAGUCCUCCAUAGCUCAACCAGGGAUGCAAAUUGGGAAUCUCUCAUCUUUUGCCAGCAGUUCACCUGGUGGUCGGGCUAGUAAACCAAACAUGGCUGAGGCAUCCAUGGAGCAUCCUAGAAUAAAUCAAUCACAUGGCAAUACUUAUCCAACAAAUUCCGAUUCAGGAAGAUAUGCUGCAUCUAAUGCACCUUCCAUGCACCCUAAAGUGGAGAAUAGCACUGGGUUUCCGGGAUCAGCAUCCUUAAAUGGGUCAUAUGGUGGUCAGAACACAAAUUUCCGUAACCCCAGGCCAGAAGCUUUGCGGCCUCCUCUAAAUACCUCUACUCGUCAACCUCAGUCUGGAUAUCAACAACCACCUCCAAUGUACACUAACAGAGGACCAGUAGCUAGAAAUGAAGCUCCCCCUAGGAUAACUCCCAUUGCUGCUCUGAAUCCAUACCAGGGCCGGUGGACAAUUAAGGCUAGAGUCACAGCAAAAGGAGAACUUAAGCACUACAAUAAUCCCCGUGGUGAUGGUAAAGUAUUCUCUUUUGAUCUUCUUGAUUCUGAUGGUGGGGAAAUUAGGGCAACUUGCUUUAAUGCUGUGGCUGAUCAAUUCUACAACCAGAUUGAAGCUGGUAAGGUCUAUCUGAUUUCCAAGGGAAGUUUAAAACCUGCUCAAAAGGCUUUCAACCACCUCCAAAAUGAUCAUGAAAUUUUUUUAGAGAGCAUUUCAAUAAUACAGCCUUGCUUUGAAGAUGAUAGCACAAUUCCACAGCAGCAGUUUCACUUCCGUCCCAUAAGUGAUAUUGAAGGCAUGGACAGCAACAGCAUUGUGGAUGUAAUUGGUAUCGUGUCUUCUAUCAGUCCCCCUGCUUCAAUAAUGAGAAAAAAUGGUACUGAAACUCAGAGGAGAAUCCUACACUUGAAGGACAUGUCUGGCCGAAGCGUUGAAUUGACUCUGUGGGGAAACCUUGUAAAUGCAGAAGGACAGAGACUGCAAAACAUGUGUGAUUCAGGGGUUUUCCCCAUUCUGGCUGUUAAAGCUGGUAGAGUAAAUGACUUCAAUGGGAAGGCACUGGGGACCAUCUCUACCAGUCAACUAUUUAUUGAACCCAAUUUUCCUGAGGCUCACAGGCUGAAAGAAUGGUUUGACAAGGAAGGAAGGAGCAUCCCAUCUGUCUCUAUUUCCAGGGAAACAAGUGUGGGUAAGACAGAUAGUCGCAAGACAAUAUCUCAAAUCAAAGAUGAGAAGCUAGGGACAUCUGAGAAGCCAGAUUGGAUCACUGUCAGUGCAACCAUUUCAUUUGUGAAGGUUGACAAUUUCUGUUACACAGCAUGUCCUAUCAUGAUUGGUGAUCGACAAUGCAACAAAAAGGUUACAAAUAAUGGGGAUGGGAAAUGGCGGUGUGAUAGGUGCGAUCAGUCCAUCGAGGAGUGUGAUUACAGGUAUAUACUUCAGUUCCAGAUACAAGACCAUACAGGCUUAACAUGGGUAACUGCAUUUCAGGAAUGCGGUGAGGAGAUAAUGGGUAUGCCUGCAAAAAGUUUGUAUUAUUUGAAGUAUGAAGAGCAAGAUGAUGAUAAAUUUGGAGAAAUAAUUCGCAAGGUUCUAUUUACAAAAUAUAUAUUCAAGUUGAAAGUAAAGGAGGAGACAUACAGUGAUGAACAACGAGUAAAGUCAACAGUGGUCAAAGCAGAAAAGGUAGAUUUUGCAUCUGAAUCCAGAUUCCUUUUGGAUUUUAUGGAAAAGCUUAAAGCAGGGAACUAUAGUUCUUUUGCUUCAAAUACAGAAAGUAUCUCUCCUAACCCUGGAAUAAGUGGUACUGUAGUUGGGAAUAUUGGAAAUAGGCAACCAACACCAUCAAUGAACUAUACCGGGAACAGUAGCAAUGCUGGCAAAGACUUCAGUGUACCAUCACACCAAGCUGGUCGGUAUGGAAACCAGUAUAAUAGUUCUAUUGCUGCUGCAAUUGGCACUCCUGGUUCAUAUCCAUUCUGUAACAGUUGUGGGGGUACUGGUCAUAGCUCCACAAAUUGCCCCAGUAUCAUGAGUAGUCCUGCAUUAGGAGGGAGCUAUCCUAAUAGAGUUUCCUCUGGGCCUGGUGUUGGCAGCUCCUCAGGCGAAUGCUUCAAAUGCCAUCAACCUGGGCAUUGGGCAAGAGAUUGUCCAGGGUUGAGCACUGUACCUCCAGCUUAUGGAAGCAGUGGUGUUACACCUGGUAGAUAUGGUGGAGCUUCAAAGCAACAAUUCGGUGGCUUUUGAAGUCGCCUUUAAAUUUGAGAUAUUAGACGUUUGUACAGAAUAGUGCAUGUUUUCCUGGGUGUAUCAUGUUGUUGCAUAAUAUGAGAGACGUUGCAUUUUGAUGCUCUUGGGGUUUGGUGGAUCGAUCGGGUGUUUCUCUGUGCAGAUAUGGUUGGCAUGCUUAGGCGCUUAUCGAGGCUGAGAAUGGCUGUGGGUUCCAGCCUUUUUAGAGUUACUAUUUUUUGGUAGUGAAACGCAGCCAAGGAAUGGGAGGCAUCUUUCUUGUUUCUGUAAUAUAUUUCUUUCAUGUUUGAGCUCUAUUUUCAAAUUGUUGCAAAUGCUGUUAGGCUAGACAUUGUUUCUACAUGGCUUUUCUUUGAUGCUGGUGAUCUCCAAGGUUUACUGAAUUCAUGUCUGUUAAAUCAGUUUGGUUGACGUAAUGGUAUUGUAAUUAUGAUUAUGUAGCCGAACCUAAAAUGAUCCUCCUUUUUCCA